AAUCCAAACCUCUCACACAACCCACAUUUCUUCGUCAAAACCAUAAGAACACUUUACAAAUUACUAUUCCACCACCGUUUUUCCAAUCAAACAACACUUUGCAUUUCUUUGAAACCUCCACCCCUCCUUUAUUUACUCAAGCAAUUACAUCAUCACUUUCCAUUCAUCAUACACUACACAUAAACUUGCCUCAGAAUUAAGCACUUUUCUUUUGAGUAUAUUAACACCAUAUCCAUCAUCAUAUUUUUGGAUCUCGAUCUCGACAUCUUAGAUCGAUCGGCGAUGUCUUCCUCCAACAAACAUUGGCCUAGUAUGUUCAAAAAAUCUAAACCGGACAACCAUCAGAAUUGGCAGCAUGGCGUGAACUCGACUCUCUUGUCCUCCGCUGGAUUCCAAACAACUCCUGUUACUUUAGGUGCAGAUGUUGAUGACAGAAGUCCAGAACCGAAGCCAAGAUGGAAUCCAAAACCCGAACAGAUUCGCAUUUUGGAAUCCAUCUUCAACUCCGGAAUGGUGAACCCUCCAAGGGAAGAGAUCAAGAAGAUACGAGCUCAGUUACAAGAGUUUGGCCAAGUUGGUGAUGCAAAUGUCUUCUAUUGGUUCCAAAACCGCAAAUCUCGAAGCAAGAACAAGCAUAGGCAGCUCCACAGCAAUCCAAGAAACAAAAAGAAUUCUGCCGCUGCUGCUGUUGCUGCUCAAAUCAUCACUGCACCACCUAACUCAUCGUCGUCAUCUUCCUCCGAUCAACCAAACGCCUCGACCAACGAAGCGAUAAUGGUUAACAAUAUUGGCUUGAUCUCCAAUGAUGGGAUGGGGGUGCUGCCUAAUUCCACCACUGUGAACCAAAACCAAGCUGUUGCUUAUAAUUUUCUUCAAACAACACCUGCUGAGACCAAUUUUCAACUACCUACACCCCCACCACCACCCUAUUUCUCUUUCCCUGUGGAGAAUAAUAACAAUAUCAAUGAAGGAGUAGCACAAGGGCUUUACUUAUCUGAUCAAUAUUCCAAUAUGGUUCAGCAUUUACCUCCACAAAAUGCUGCUCUUCCUUUGUUUAACCCUGAGAUCAUGAUGAACUAUGGAAUUGGAAAUUCCUCUAUGAAUAACCAGCAUGAUCAAGAGAAUACUAUUCAAGGGGGAGCAAUGAAUUUGAUGCAGAUGAACCAACAAAACCCACAACAACUUGCUUUUGGUCUCACUUCAAGAACGGAUGAUUCAUCUGUUGUUCCGCUUCCUCCUGUUGCCAUUAAUCCACAUCUUGCUGCUCCAUUCCCCAUCCCUCAAUUUCAAGGUGGUGGUGAGGAAGAUGAUAAGCCAAAAUGUAGGGUGAUAAUUAACAGCACUGUAGUCGAAGUUGAAGUGGGACCCUUCAAUGUUCGUGCAAAUUUUGGAGAUGGUGCCGUUCUGUUUGACUCCUCCGGCCAACGAGUUCUCACCGACGAAUGGGGUGUCACCCUCCACUCACUCCAACAUGGUGCUUCUUAUUACAUGGUUUAAGGAGGUGAAGCUGAACCAGCGAGGUGUGCGAGAUUCAGAUUAAUAUAUCGUGUUUUUUCUCUAUUGUCAUUCUAUGUUUCUUUUUUGUUUUUGUGUGACUCUCUAUAUAUACUUGUCCAUUUAUAUAUAUAUUCUAGGGUUUAGGUAUAGGAUUACUGAAAGUGACAAUGAGGACCCAAGUCAUGGAAAUGGGUCUAAGUCGUUGAAAGUAUGAAAAUCUCAUGGUGGACCAGGAUAUAUAUGUAUUUUUCUACUUUAGGCACAACAGAACCAUUAUAGUAUGGUUCUGGUUCAAUAAUGUUGACUAUAUCAUGAGUUUAUAUGUUAAAUUUUAAUUGGAUUCUUA